GGCAGGAUGCAGCUCUUGCUGGGACAUUAUGUUCAUUGAAAAACUUUGGAUGAGAUUGAACGCUACAGUGGCAACUCGUUCCCGACCAUCUCCAAGUAAGGCUAUCUCCGCUUUUAUACAACCAUGUCAGUGGCCAACCAACUUCAGGCUUCGCUGUCUGGAUCUGCCCAACUGUCAGCGGCCACAAAUGGUCUGCACUCAAGGUAGCAAAGCUUGCAUCAUACCGCCGCCAUACCCCGAAUUCCGAAUUGCUGGCUAUUAGGAGUCAACAUGGCAUCCACACCUUUCUUUCAUCCAGUCGUCUUCGAUCGAUCUUGCUUGUGAGGUAACGAGAUGCCAGAGAAGACGAAGAGAAAGACAUUGAAAGAUUGUAUACGGCACUUUGCUCCAGCAUGGUUCGCUGCAAUCAUGGGAACCGGAGCUAUUUCAAUAUUGUUCCACAACUUCCCCUAUGGUGCCGACUCGCCAGUCAUGAAGACAUUCACCUACUUGUUCUUCUUCCUCAACCUCGCAUUAUUCAUCCUCUUCAAUGCCUUCACCGUCUCUAGAUACCUGUUAUUCCCUGACAUUUGGUCAAUAAUGCUUCGGCAUCCGGUUCAGAGUUUAUAUGUCGGAUGCUAUCCUAUGGGAGCUACCACUCUCAUCAAUAUCGCUGUAGGGCUGAUAUACCAGGAGGAUGGCUUCGGAGGCAGACACUUCGUUUAUCUCAUUUGGGGAUUCUGGUGGGUUGUCAUCAUCGUGUCCUUCCUUUGUGCCUUCGUUAUGGUGCAUGUCAUGAAAACCAAGCAAGACCACGCCAUCAGCCGUUUGACCGCCGUAUGGCUUCUCCCAGUAGUCACUCUUAUCGUCGCAUCAUCAUCCGGAGGCGUAAUUGCACCCGCUCUGUAUACGUUCAACCCCAGAUAUGCGCUCAUCACACUGACGGUAUCGACAUGCAUGGUCUCCAUCGGACUCGGACUCGCAUUCAUGAUCUUGACGAUGUAUCUUCUGCGUCUCAUCGUCUAUGGGCUUCCACCAGGCGCAUCUAUCCUCAGCGUUUUCAUCCCGCUCGGUCCCAUGGGGCAGGGAGGCUUCUCGAUUUUACUCUUAGGACAAGGAUAUAAGAGUUUGUUCCCACUUUCACACAGUAACUCACAAGUCUUGAGCAAUUCCGCGACUGGCGAGACUAUCAAUGUGGUUUGCAUUUGUCUGGCGAUUGUUCUGUGGUCAUUGGCCUCCAUGUGGUUGUCGUACGCUCUCCUUGCCCUAUUGGAGGUCUUACCCACAACUCGCUUCCCGUUCAAGUUACCCUUCUGGGGCCUCAUUUUCCCGAAUGGGGUAUAUGCAAAUUUGACGAUUCAACUUUACCGGACGCUAGAUUCGUCCUUCUUCCGUGUCUGGGGAGCGAUCUACUCCGUAUUUGUUUUAGGUUUAUGGACGUUCGUAUUCUUGCAGACACUUGUAUAUGUUCGGGAUGGUGCCAUUUUCGAGGCACCAUGCCUGGACGAGAUUGAGUUAGCGAAAGAGACGCAUGGGCCAAUCCAUUCAAGUACAGCUCCUGAUGGUGAGGAGUUGGCACUGUGACGACAAGACGCAGACAGUAGAAUUUUUAGGAAGGAACGUGAACAAACUAGACAAACAGAUUACAAUACUAUACACAAGUAAUGGAACGCGGAGUAAAAGAAACAUGAUGAUUUCCAUGCAUAUGACCUUACAGCUUUAUAUUCGUC